AAGCUCCAGAGAUAUUUAGCAACAGCUGCUUGUCACCUGACAAAUAAUGUAAAGGUGAAGGUCAGUGGUGGGCUUUUGAGAAGAAGGUUAAAUCCACCUGAGGAUCCCAGUUCAAAUGAUUUUUAAUUAGGCAGGCUUUACCUUAACCUAAGACAUAUUUGGCAAAAUCACGUUAUUUUAUUGCAUGUUAAAGAUCUAGCAUUAUGCAGCAUGUUUUCCCAAGGAAAAGGCUUCACAUAUAUAUAGAAUGUGCGCAAUUAAAGGUCAGAAAUGUAAAUAAAAACAUCUCGGCCCAUUCUGCAGCGUUGGAUUUUGACGUGCAUCUAUGCUAGGCGAUCGUUUCCUGGGUGUCCCGUAGUGGACAUCAGUCUCGUGGCUCUAUUGAAAGAGUUCGAGACCCAGCAGGCUUUUUACUAAUUCCGCUGCAAUGUUUGUCUCAACUCUUUUCGUGCCGGCCCACGUGUGCGAAUUUGAAGGCGAGAUUAUACAAACGUGCACGUGCUGCUCGGCGACCCUCGCGUGUCGCGUCCCGGAGCAACGGUUUAAUUGAGAGCGAGGGUGUAUUUUCACUUUGUUACUCGGGUAGGGUUUGCAGUUUAGCGCACCGUUGCGAUCCCCUUUCCCCUUGAGCGGCUGGAUUCUCGCGGUGCAUGCUGGGACCUGCAGUCCUCGCUCCUCCCUUCUCAGGGCGAACGCGGUCAGGGCGUGGAUGUCGAAGCACUACAACUCCCACACGAGCUCGGCUCCAUCUGCCCCUCUCUCUCUCCCACCAGACCAGAGACAGAGAGAUACGGUACGAACCCCCCCGGACUUUCAGAACCGAAAAUCGUCGAGAUUAGUGAACUGCGAGGGACAAGAUCGGAAGACCGGAUUUAAGCCGCUAUCUUGAUGCGCAAACAUCUUCCAAAUGUCGGUCAAACGGAACUUCACACUAACCAGAGGAGAAUCCCCUAAAAAGUCACUUGUCCACACACUCCAAGUAAUGUGCUGAGAAAAGGCCUAUGCAGGUGGAUCCCUCACCAAUGAAUGUAGGGGAUGGAGGGACGGUGAGCAGAGAGAGCAGUGCCCCUACCCAGGUGUCUGAGAGCAUGGUUGGGAAUCCACAGCAGACACUACCUCUGGAACUUAGAGGUGAUGUACCUCAGAGUCAGCAGAAUAAACUGAGGGUGACAACAGACUGCAAAACGCCCGACGUCUGCUCAGAAGCCAGCAAUUUAAAUCAUUGCCCACAAGUCCCCCCUUCUCAACCUCACAGCAAUGUGUUCAGCACUGAUCCCGUGAACACACCCCUACCUGAUCGGAUUGAGGUUUCCAAAGGCAAGAUUGAUGGGGCUGGCAUCUUCUCCACUCACCAGUGGCCUUGUGGUAAAAAGGUCACCACAGAGGACCCUGUGAACUCUGUUCACUCUAAUAUAAACCUAAACAAGAAGACUAACGCACCAGCUCCCACCCAGCCUGUGAUAAGUGUUCCUUUAGGUUUCCAGUGCUCCACACUGUUUAAACCUGGCCAGCCUGUUGCUUUCCUUCCCCCCUCCAAUUUUUCUUCUCCUCUUUGUAAGAUCACAUUGCCACCCGGGUUAGGUCAGAUAGCUGCCCUGAGAGAAGCCACUGCUAGCCAGUUUCAAAAGGACUGCCCUGCACAAAGCUCUUGUUCUAGCACUACACCUAUGCUCAAAACAUACCCGUAUCACUUUUCUGUAGGAAGAGGACCUGGUGCUGAGAAAAAGCAUCCGUCUUCAGGAUCCAAAGUCAGGUGUGACUCUUUGUCUAAGGGCUUUCAGGCUAGAGUUGAGCAUAAAGGCCCAAUGUCUUCAGUAGCAGCUCCAGCUUUAGCCCUUCCAGUACAGCAAGCUACGCAGGGCUCGGCUCCACCAACCCGUUACACCAUUUCUCCCACUGCUGCCAUCUGCUGCAGCCCAGCUCUGGCAAAUAUUACGACUCAAAGUCGGUUACUUAGCCUUGUAGAAAAAGGCUCGACUUUCAGAGGUGCAGAAAAGACUUCGUUGGCAUAUCUGAAACCAAAAACUCUGUCCACUCCAGAGGAGCUCAAUGUUUCCUGCCCUGUUGAACCAAGGGACGUGCCCCUUGAUCUGUCUGCAAAGUCCAAGCGACAAAAAAGCAUUAAAGACACUCAGAACAACCCAUCAGUGGCCACGGAACAUCAUUCUGUUGAGGCUCAUCAGAAAAAUAUUACAGGUUCCAAAAAGAUUCAUUCUGCUUCUUUUCAUGGGUCAUCUAGUACAUUUGACACUCAGAGAAAUGGUGCAACCCAGAAGUCAUCUUCUAAACUAACUAAUCACCAUGCUCUAGAACCUAACACAUCCUGGGUCAAAAGCUCAUCUUCCGGUUCCUUGAAUAAUCUCCCGGGUACAUAUGUAGGUGUGGCAAGCCCCAUUCUAGCAUCUACUUUGCGUAGCAAAGAUGGAAAAGGUGCUGCUUUUGUAGAAGAUCUUCAGACAUUUGCCAAACAGGAAACCAUCUCCAUCAUUGACCAAGGAGAGCAGCCAGUCUGUAGAGAAAGGAAAGCUCAGUUUGCUGUUAAAGGUUCCCAGCAUAAUAAAAGUGGAAAGCUUUCAACAGGUACUCAGCAAGGUUUUUUAUCCACCCAAUUAUGUGCUACAGUAAAUUCACAGCCCCACCGAAAGUCUGUUGGUGGAAAAGGAGGCACCUUGUUUACACCUCCAGUUAAAUCCUUAUGGCAACCACCUUGUGUUCAUUCCCAAGGAGCAUCCCUGCAGAAGAAGCCAAGUCAGACUCAAGCCCCAAAGACUAAGAGCACCCUCAGUUGUGAGAGAGCCCUUUUCCAUAACUCUCAUUUAAGCCCAACAAAAGUAGAGGAUGAAAAGUGGGAAAAGGCCAAAUCCCCCCUGUCGAACCUGGAGUCGAUAGUGAAGCAGAAAACUCUUGAGACCACUGCUCUUACUGGUGAGAACUACUGUAAUCUGUCUUCUGUGGGGUCCAAGAGGCCUGAGGUAGUCAGCAUCCAGAACAGGUGUCAGGACUCCACGUUGCAACAGACCCUCACAGCUGGUUCUCCCCCAUUCAGGACCAUAGAAGGACAGGUCAUUAAGUCGGACAGAACCUCUCCACAAACAGACUCCACAGCAGCUUUAAACAGACCAGAAAUCACAACCGUUCCUGUGCCCAAGGAUAAGGGACGGGAGAAACAGACAAAACAGACAGAAAAUCAAUCAUCUGAUAGUAGACAAAAAAUUAAAUCUAGUACCCCAAGUAAAAGAAGUUCACCCAGUAUUAAAGUAGAGUGGAAAGAAAGGAAAUUGGUGCAACAUUUAGAGGAUGAGACCGCAAAAGAGAAGGCAUCAGAGAGGAAGAUUUCUUCUCAUGUUAAAGUAGAAGGGAUAGCCUUAUCGCUCCUUCAGAGCAACACUGUAGAAGUAGAAGGAGAGGCAAAAAUAAAUGGAGCCAAAGAGGAGAUACCUUCCAAAGGAAAAGUAUCCAUCAUAAAACAAAAGAACCUAAAAAAGCAUGCCAAGGAGAAAACACCUCCUGAAGUGCAAAAAAAGACUGCACCUAGGAAACAAAAAGAUAAAGACAGUCCAUCAGUCAAGCAAGGCCUCUCUCAUAAAAAGCAGAAGAAAGAUGUGUUGCCUGGAGUGGGAAAAAGUGUACUGAAAGAUGGAACAGGCCCAGGCCCCAAAGCAGGGGGAAAGACUCGCAAAGGGAAAAGCUGUCCGGCUAAUGUGGAGCACACCGACUCAAACAAAAUAGAUUCAGAAAGCAGUCCAUGCAGAAGUCCUCAGGUUGACAGAGACUCGGGCUCUCUCAGCAGUCCAGGCUGGCCUAGUAAGGAAUCAGAUUCCCAGGAGGAGGCCUCUCCGCGACUGAGGCGAGGGCGCAGACGGACUGAUGAAGCGUUGCUCCGAGACUGGAGCUUCGCCACUCCACCUACUCCACCCCCCCUCGAUCCCCCUUCCACCCCGCCGCCUGUACCAGUGCGGCGGCCGCGCGGCAGGCCCCGAAUCAAUCCUCUGCCCGAGGAGGUGGAUGCGGACAAGGACAGGCCCACAGAGGGUGGAGACACCUCUUCAAUAAAGAAAAGGAAACGCUGCAAGAAUCGUAAAUAUCAGAACGGGGAAUACAUCACCGAGAAGGAUAAGGUGGCAGAUGGAGAGGAGGAGAAGCUGGGCGUGGAAGAUGGUGAGGCCACGAAUGAGAAGACAGGUGUGUACCCGUGUCUCAGUGCCACACUGACCGGCGAAGUGCCCAGUCCCGACGUCAGUCCUAGACGGACACUCUUCACCCGUUCUGGAUCAACACGACCACAAGACAGUCCUCCUGCUACACAUCCAAACACAGACAAACCCGCAGGGAAGAGGAAGUUCAAAAGCAAACACUUAUGUGACACAGACGAGCAGAAAAAGCUCAAGACUAAGAAAGGCAGUUUGGGCAAACGCACAGGCCCCCUCGUGCUAGAUGAGGAUGGUCCACCGGCCAAGAAAACCCCAACUCCUCUUUGCGCUUCUCCCAAGCCGCCACACUCACCACUGUCAGGCAAAAAAGGAACAGCUGGGAAAUUGGGAAUCCCUGAAUCCACUCCAAGCCGUCCAGUGCCUCCAGAAGUCCGUCGACUGAUUGUCAAUAAGAAUGCAGGAGAGACGCUGUUACAGAGAGCUGCUAGAUUAGGGUACCAGGAUGUGGUUUUGUACUGCUUGGAAAAGGAUGUGCGAGAGGUGAACCGUCGAGACAAUGCGGGUUACACAGCGCUGCAUGAGGCCUGUGCACGUGGCUGGACACACAUUGUACAGGUGCUACUGAAGCAUGGGGCAGAUGUCAACUGCAGCGCACAGGACGGCACACGUCCAAUUCAUGAUGCAGUAGCAGCUGAUAAUCUGCCGGCUGUCUGGAUGUUGUUAAAUCACGGAGCAGACCCAACGCUGGCCACCUACUCUGGUCAGACCGCAGUCAAACUCGCCCAGAGUCCAAGCAUGAAGACUUUCCUCAAAGAGUACUUUACUGAUUUAGAAGGACGAACAGACCAGGAUCCGAGCCUGCAGUGGGAUUUCUACAGUAGCUCUGUGUUUGAGAAAGAUCAGGAGCCUUGUUGGGACUUCCUGUUGUCUCAACCUGAGGAUGAAGGCGAGGAGAUGUUUAGCGAGCAGGUGAAGGAGAGAGACGCAGAUGCAGACUGUCUUCUGUUCGAGUUCUCCUCAGAGCCUCUUCUGUCAUGUUAUCAUGUCCAAGUAUCACUAACACAGGGUUUUUGCAACUGGUUCUUGCUAGCAGACGUGCUAAAGCGGCUAAAGAUGUCAGCGCGCAUUUUCCGGGCUCGAUACCCUCAGUUUGAGGUGGUGAACAUCGCUCAGGCGGAGCUGUGGAAGCAGGUCUCCGUCAGUCAGACGUGCAGCCCUCCGGACGAGCUCCAGCCGGAGGAUGAUGAGGACGGAGAGGAGACUGUGGAGCUGGUGCGCUGCGUGCCAGAGCUACAGGGACUGCUGGGCUCCUCCAUACAGAUCCUCCGAGAUGACGACAAUGACAAUGAUGAAGAUGAUGAUGACAAGUCAGCGCUCAGACCUUGCAGUCGAUAGCGACUAUAGUGCCGUCCGCAGUCCGAUGGCCUGUUACCAGUACCAGCACUUUGUAUGUUCAGAAUCAGCCAGAAAGGUCCUAUUUCUUCACAAGCGAAAGGAGCGACUUACGGGGACGGACUCCAGUGGGAAGCAACUUUCAGGUUUCUUCUGUAGGGUUUUGUUUAUUUUUCAUUUUUUAAAAUAAACCUAUAUGUAUAAGUAAAACAUAUUAUGUAUAUCUUGACAUCAGGGUGAACGCAGGGUGGUUGUGACUUGUUUUACGUCCAUUUGGUUUUUUUUGACGCUCCUUUAGAAGAAGUGGUAAUCCAAGUCUUUUUUUAUCUUGGUAUACUAAAUGUGUGUAGCUAAGAGGCUUACGUCAAGCUAACGGCGGCGCAGGAAUGCCUUCAAGCCAGAUGCUUGGUGUGUAAACCAUCGAGCUCCCAGAAGCCCCUUCACCUUUUCUGCAAAUGUUGCCCUCUUUACCUCAGCACCACUGCGGCUCUGCCAGGAUCACGUCACACUUUCACUUUAUUUCAUUCGUGUCGUGCCGGGAUCGGGAUUGUGUUGCUCUGACGUCACACGUUGUUUUGUUUUUUUUGAGCUGUUGGUUUUAGCCACUGAUAUAAUUAAUUUAUGAUAUCCAGCAGGUGAUAUCGACCUUGACAUUUAAGUGGUAAGAAAACCAAACCUGUGGAUUUUUUUUAAAGGUUUUUCUACCAGAAUCCGUCUCGAACUGCUUUUGCUGAAGAAGUCUGAGUUUUUCUUGGUGUACCAGAUUCCCAGCGUGCUUUGUGGCGCGUGGUGUGUUUUAUUUACACUGACUGUUGUUUGUGCUUAAUUUAAUAGUCAUUAAUAUAUUUGACCUUUUGUGUGUGUGUGUGUGUGUGUGUGUGUGUGUGUGUGUGUGUGUGUGUGUGUCAGACAAAUGAUAUAUGAAAAUUGCUUUGUAUGGUUGGUGCUUUAUUUGACGACGUACAAAUAAUGAACCCUUUAUCCUGAGGUUGUUUUGUUUUCCCAAACUGCGAACAGUAUUUUAACAGGCUAAAGUACAGUUUUAUUGUACUGGUGCUAAGCUAGAUUUUUGUGUUGACAAUCAAUGAAGUUUUGUUUGACUGAAACCAAUAAAUAUUUAAAUGAAGAGAGAGCGAGAGAGAUGUAAAGAUAGAGUUUAGUUUCACUACUUGCGGAAAAACCGCGAGACCUGAGGAAAGUACUUGGUUUUGAUUGAUUGAGGAAGGCAUAUUGCUUCAGUGAUCUCUGUUCAAAGGAGAGCUGUUUAUUUGAUUCUUUUUUUAAAGAGAUCAACCAGAAUAAAGCAUGAUUGUCAAGUCUUG